GUGCUGCUCACACAACACAGGGACCACGAACACGUUUCCCACGAGACCUGCCUCCUGGACCAGGUGCUGGAGCUGAUUAUGAACGAGAAGCCCCCCAACAGCACCAGCCUCUUCCUGAACGAGGACGCCGACAAGCCGCCGCUGCCGGACCGAGGAGACCUGAGGAGGCGCCUCCGCCGGGCCAUGGAGAGGAGAGCCAGCAGCGUGAAGCAGAGGAUGGGCUCGGUCAGCAGGGACGGCGUCCGGGCCUUCCUCAGGAGGAACCUGUUCGUCCUGUUCACGGUGGCCGCCGUGGCUCUGGGUGUGAUCCUGGGCUUCGCUCUCCGCCCACACAACCUGUCGCUGAGGGAGAUCAAGUACUUUGCGUUUCCCGGCGAGCUGCUGAUGAGGAUGCUGCAGAUGUUGGUGCUGCCGCUCAUCGUGUCCAGUCUGGUCACCGGCAUCUCCUCCCUGGACAGCAAGGCGUCCAGUAAGAUGGGCGUCCGUGCGGUGGUCUACUACAUGGUGACCACGCUGGUCGCCGUCUUCAUCGGCAUCGUCAUCGUCGUCAUCAUCCGGCCGGGGAAAGGCAGUAGGGACAGUCCUGUGGGCAAAACCGGAAACAUUGAACCGGUUCAGGCCGCGGACGCUUUUCUGGACCUCAUCAGGAACAUGUUUCCCCCAAAUCUGGUUGAAGCCUGUUUCAAGCAGUAUAAAACCGUGUACAAGAAGAUUAUUCACACGAGGAACGUGACGGUGACCCUGAAUCUCACCGAGUCUCUCAACAUGACCGAGUCCAACCUGAGCGUGAACCUGAGCAGAGUGCUGCACACCAUACAGGAGACGGUGGAGGAGACGGUGCCGGUGUCGGGCUCCUCUGCUGGUGUGAACGCUCUGGGCCUGGUGGUCUUCUCCAUGUGCUUCGGCCUGGUCAUCGGCAACAUGAAGCAGCAGGGCCAGGCUCUGAGGGACUUCUUUGACUGCCUGAACGAAGCCAUCAUGAGGCUGGUGGCCGUCAUCAUCUGGUACGCUCCAGUGGGCAUCCUGUUCCUGAUCGCCGGGAAAAUCGUGGAGAUGAAGGAUCUGGCCGAGGUGGGCGGCCAGCUGGCGAUGUACACGGUGUCGGUCAUCGUGGGCCUCCUCAUCCACGGCCUCUUCGUGCUGCCGCUGCUCUACUUCCUGGUGACCAGAAAGAACCCGUACAGCUUCAUCGGCGGCCUGCUGCAGGCGCUCAUCACCGCUCUGGGAACCUCCUCCAGCUCGGCCACUCUGCCCAUCACCUUCCGCUGCCUCGAGGAAAACAACCACGUGGAUAAACGAGUGACGCGAUUCGUCCUCCCGGUCGGCGCCACCAUCAACAUGGACGGCACCGCCCUCUACGAAGCCGUGGCAGCCAUCUUCAUCGCUCAAGUCAACGACAUGGACCUGAACUUUGGUCAGAUUCUCACCAUCAGUAUCACGGCAACGGCUGCCAGCAUCGGAGCAGCAGGCAUCCCUCAGGCCGGCCUGGUUACCAUGGUGAUCGUAUUGACAUCGGUGGGACUGCCCACGGAGGACAUAACGCUGAUCAUCGCCGUGGAUUGGUUCCUGGACCGGUUGCGAACCACCACCAACGUCCUGGGCGACUCGCUCGGCGCCGGCAUCGUGGAGCACCUCUCCCGCAGCGAGCUGCAGAACCAGGACGCCGAGGUGCACAACUCGGUGAUCGAGGAGAACGAGAAGCCCUACCAGCUCAUCUGCCAGGAGAACGACACGGUGAACCACCUGAACAGCGAAACCACGAUGUGAAGACGAGACCCGGAAAGACUCCGGAAGCGUUUUAGCUGGAAAGGUCGCCAAGGUGCAGCCUCCAGAAAAGUUCUUGGUCAACUGAGAGAAGUUGCUUUUUUGCAGUUGCAGACCACAAAACUCACAUGUGAAAUAUAGAAAAAAAGGUUCUCUGGGAAACAAGGCGAUGCAAAGCCUGUCCGGGGGCAGCUGGUGGCAGGAAAUUAGGUACACAUGCUGUUUAGGAGCAGCUACACAUGCAGUGAUGGAGCCCGAAGCCUUCAGACGCAUCGAAUUUCCAAAGAUUUCUAUCAUUUAUGAUCCAGGCGGUCGAAACAGAAUCAAAGCUGCUCAGAGUCGGAAGUAUUAUCAGAGAGAAACACCUCCAGUCUUUAACAAAACCAGCUGAUCCUUCAGUCUGAUGAAUGUAAAUCUGCACAUUUUUGGCCAAAACUUAAACAUCCAGUCCUCAUCCUGACUACCUCUUAGAGUUUCUACAUCGCUGCACAAACAAACAAACAAACAAACAAACAAACACGUGUAACAGAGUGUAAAUACUUUAGUUCCUGUGUUUAAUUCUGUGUUAUUUAAGCUCCACCGUAUAAUUAUACAGCUGAAUGUAUUUGACUGUUAAACACUGGAAAAUGGUGAAAACUAAACUUUUACUUCUUGUUAUUUUGAGGUCGUUUUAAGUGACUGUUUUUCAUGCAGAUGUUGUUUUAUUAGGAGUAUUUCUAGUAUUUAUUUGGUGCUAUUGCGUUCGAUAUAUGGGACACAGAAACAGCUGCAACAAAACUGAAUGUGUUCAUUUUCCAACUUUUAUUUUUUACUCCAAGCAGCCGUUAUUCAGUUCAUGAAAUAACUAUGAAGAGAAAUAUCCAGCAAUGUUUUCCAUGUUGAACUUUGUAUUUAUCAGUUUUAAGAUUUGUUUUAUUUGACUUUUAUUUUAAAUGACAGCUCGACCAGUUAGUGUGUCUGAACCUUAGCGCAGCAUCACACCGGCCUGUUUGUGUUUCCUGCAUCUUAUCUUAUCAAGCAUGUCGUUUGUUUUUAUCUCGAUUAGUUUUAAUUGUACCUUGCAAGCUAAUCAGUUAUUUUCAUGGUUUGGUGGAAAAGUACUGUGAGGAAAGCUGCUUUAAGCCUUGUGAUGUUCUAGAGGAGUAGAUAUGAACGUUGGAAUGCCGUUUUACUGAAACCUUAUCUUGACUUUUGUGCCACUUUUUGUGCCCGUUUAGAGGUCGGCCUUCAGUUUGUACGCUCGGUGUUAUUUUAGCGGAUGUGUUGGAAGAAGAGCAGCUCAGCGUUUUUGAUGGAUUUGAAAAAAACAAAUGUGGCAAAUAAAUGUCUCAGGAACUGAA